AUGCAAAAUCAAGCACACGCUGUAUGGUUCGAGGAUGAAUUUUCACUACCUGUGGACACUGGCAGCGAUUCUGGCGCGACAUAUCAGAUACAGAGACUAAUAGUCUCGCGGUCUGGGUCGAAUACAAUCAAUACCGAGAAGGGAGAGGAUGUUAUCCCCGGAAGCUCGCCCACUCCAGGCGAACAUGAAAUCACGGCUUCAGCUGUCCGACUGCUGUGCAGGUGGAGAGGAAAUUGCUGGCGGCCUAUAGCGAGAACAGGGAGAAUACCUGGAUUCUUGGAUUCGGCGAUCGUUGAAAUAAUGGGGGGCUUUCGUGCUGUAGAGGAUCGACCGACACCGAAGGAGGUGUACAAUUGGAGGCUUUUCUCGGAGGCCGCCAUCAUUGGAACUGGAUCAUUGCUGUUUGGCUACGACUCGGCAUUCGUUGGGACUACUAUUGCUAGACAGAGCUUUAAGGACGACUUUGGUAUAUCGGAAUCAAAUGCCAACUAUAUAUCCAGCAAUAUCACCUCUACAUUCCAGGCCGCGGCUUUCUUCGGCGCAAUAUUUUGUUUUCUGAGUAUGAAACCCUGGGAAUAUGUGAUUAGCAAACCAUUGACUCACAAACUGGCAGCUACCGAGGUCGUGGGCAGAAAAUGGGCACUCCAGAUUUCGAAUCUUGUAUUUCUCAUUGGCGCCAUUCUCAUGACUGCCGCCACUCACCAGUUGUCGUAUAUUUACGCCGGACGCGCCUUGACGGGUCUUGCUUGCGGCUUCAUCACUGCGACUGUACCCAGUUACAUUGCAGAACUAUCGGUCUCCUCGAUUCGCGGCAUCCUCACAGGCCUGUUUGAAAUUGCCUAUCAGAUUGGAUCAGUCAUAGGUUUCUGGAUAAACUAUGGUAUCGACGAGACGCUCAACCCCACAGCUAGCACGAGUUGGCGGAUUCCUAUGGCUGUUCAGAUCAUCCCGUCUGCCAUCCUGCUGUUUGGAGGUUUCUUCCUUCACGAAAGCCCACUCUGGCUGUUUCGGAAAGGCAAAGAUGAGCGAGGGACGAACGCACUCGAAGAACUGCGCCACCUUCCCAGGGAUCACCAGUACAUUGCGGAAGACAUCGCAAUCAUCAAAGAUAGGCUCAGAGAGGAGGAAGCGAUCGCUAAUGAAUACGGGACGGGGACAUGGGCAUAUUCCCGCGGGGCUCUGCAUGAGCUAUCUCGUAAAGGAAUGCGUAACAGAGUUGCUCUAGUUUUCUGCGCUUUCGUACUUCAGAACAUGUCGGGCGCUGCUGCUAUCAAUUAUUACUCGCCUACACUUUUCAAGUCGAUUGGCAUCCAGGACGUUACCCUGUAUACAGGCAUCUAUGGACUGGUGAAGGCCAUCGCCUCGAUCAUCUUCUACAUUUUCCUCAUCGACGUCUGGGGCCGGCGAAGUCCCACUAUAUUAUCUUCGAUUGCAUGUUCACUAUGCCUCUGGUUCAUUGGCGCUUAUGUGAAGAUAGGCCACCCUGCCGAUAUUCUCAAGGGAGGCGGCAAGCUCUCUUCUUCAACUGCCGCCGGAGGAAAGGCUGCCACUGCCAUGAUAAUGAUCUACUCCGUAUUGUACGUGACCCUAACCGCCUGUUGGAGUGAUUAA